GUCAAAGUUUACAUCAUUCAUUCAUAACCAGUGCUGCCGUUUACCGUAUAAUUAUACGGAAAUUGUAUAAUUUUAAAAUCUCCAUAUAACGUUCCGUAUAAUUCAAUUCCCGUAUAAUUCCCGUAUAAUUUGCCAAGAAUUGCCAAGAAUUGCCGUAUAUUUUUUAAAAUUUCGUAUAAUUAUGAAAAACCUACGGAAAUGAACGGUUUUUUUGAUUUUUCUCCAAUAAAUCAUGCAAAAAAUGGACGUUUUUUCGUUUCUUAGACCCAUUUUUUUCAAAAAAUUUUCGCUCUCGCUUCGCUCGAGCAGUAAUUUUGCCUUCCCUUUUCUAAAAUUAUCACAUGAAUCACGAAAUGUUUUCACUUCUGAGUGCAAAUGUUAUCAUAUUUUUGAAUCAAGAUCCCUGAGGAUUCCGGAAUACCCCUUUUAAAAUCAAUAAAAUGAGUGUCAAAGUGAAAAUAAAGUACUGAAAAAAAAACCGUAUCUUUUCAGAAUUUCCGUAUCUUUUUUCGUAUAAUUGUGAAAGACCAAAACGGCAGCACGUGCUUUCUCAUUCCUCAUUCUGCAUCCUCAUGUUUUAUAUUUCAUUUUCAUAAUUCAUCCUCAUUUAGUGAAGGUAUACUAUUAAAAUUGAUGUGUUUCGAAUGAAGAAUCUUCGUUAAAAGCAAUUACAACCGGAGUUUCCAUUCUAAAUCUACAUUCGAGUGAAAUCAUUCAUUGCGGUGAUUCCUCUGAUUAGUUCUCUUCGCAAGGUACUUGUUCAUUAAUGUACAGGGGUAUAUCGCAGCUUGUUAACACAACUCGCUGAACUCGCACAACCAGUCACUUUGAGUAUGGACAGCAGUAACGAUAGAACGAUACCUCUGACCAAGUCGCAUCGAAACCCACCCCUGAAGAAGUCGAUACUCCCAAAGAAGAUAAUAUGAUCAGCGACCCUCUCAGUAUGGGAAACAGUAAAGACGAUGCUGCCCAAUCCACACCGAAACCCUGCUCUGAAACCGAAGUUAAUACUGAAAGUAAUGCUGUCGGUGCUGUCGAUGAUACCACGUGUAAACAGUCUCGUGAUGAACCGUGCACGCCAGCUUCAAAGCGGAGUAAAUCAUCGGAUGAUGGAUCAUCAGACGCUGUUACUUCUCCAUCAACUAGAAGCCGUGUAGUAGUCUUCGAUAUUGAUGGUACACUUUGUAAAGAUCUUCCGGUGUGGAAAGACAAAGAAGCAAUCAUUAGGAAGUGCUUUCCGGAAUGUCCGAUUAUUGUCUGGAAUCAGCAUUAUAACGACGGAUCCAUUGGCAGAUACCCGCAUGUAUUUUUACCUCAUCUGAAAAUUUUAUUCGAUUACUUAUUGGAGCAAAGCGUUCGAAUAGUUUUUUUUUCUUCCGCUGCCAAGGAAAGAAAUCUAGCAGUCAUUCCAGAACUACUUACAUCCUUCUGGGGUAGUAAGAAAUUUGAAGCCCUGAAAGCCGAAGGACAAUUUAACAUUUUUUCUAAGGAACAUUGCCGUGAAAGAGCUUUUCCAGGCGAAGGAAAGUAUGUAAAAAAUUUAAAAGUAGUUAUUCGAGACGGCGAAACGUUAUUGGAUGCCGUCUUAGUAGAAGAUCACUACAGAAGGGCUGCUCAUGAUCAGAAACCAUGUUUAUAUAUCCUAGAUAUAUCGUUUUGGCACGCGAUGGAUAAAAACGAUGUAGAAAAGAAAAAGAUGAAACAGAUGUACUGUCAUUGGGAAGGAAAAAGUAUUAAUUUUUGCUUGAAUAGUGUUUACUACAUGCUCGGCGUGUUCAAGACUUAUUUUGAUCAAGAGAAAUACAAAGUGUUGCCUUUGAGAGAAGGCUUGAAUCAAUUUUUACCUAAGGGAUCAUAUAACAACGGUCAGGCUUUUUUUGCGAAACAUUCGUUCGCUGACGAUAUGAUCAAUUUAGGAUUUUCAGAGGUACAGAAACUGGUACCUAAUGCCAUGUAUUAUUGAUUAUAUAUACCUAUAUACUAUCCGUUCGGUCUGUAAUUCAGAUUAGAUAGGUACCUACUAUAUUAUUUUAGGUAUUCUUAAGUAUCGAAAAUGUGUUCAAAGAAAUUAUUAUUGACUGAAUAAACUUAAGUGAUUGACAAAUGAUUUAAUUUUUGAAGAAGAAAGUAGUCUAAAGUCCCCGUAACCCGAAUUUCAGCUCCUCAAAUUGAUUUUUUUAUUAUGCGAAUUUUAGUAGAUUUUUGAAAGUUCAUA